AUGCUAAUAAACUGUGCUCCACGUACCGGAGUAAAUUCUGGAACAGACUGGAAAGAAAAAGGGAAAACUGGCUGCAAUAGCAGCAGCGGUGACGAUGGCGGAGGCGACGAUGGCGGAGGCGACGAUGGCGGAGGCGACGAUGCUGGAGGCGACGAUGGCGGAGACGACGAUGGCGGAGACGACGAUGGCGGAGGCGACGAUGCUGGAGGCGACGAUGCUGGAGACGACGAUGGCGGAGGCGACGAUGCUGGAAGUGACGAUGGCGGAGGCGACGAUGCUGGAGGCGACGAUGGCGGAAGCGACGAUGCUGGAGGUGACGAUGGCGGAGGCGACGAUGCUGGAGGCGACGAUGGCGGAGGCGACGAUGCUGGAGGCGACGAUGGCGGAGGCGACGAUGCUGGAGGCGACGAUGGCGGAGGCGACGAUGCUGGAGGUGACGAUGGCGGAGGCGACGAUGCUGGAGGCGACGAUGCUGGAGGCGACGAUGGCGGAGGCGACGAUGGCGGAGGUGACGAUGGCGGAGGCGACGAUGGCGGAGGCGACGAUGGCGGAGGCGAUGAUGGCGGCGACGGUGGUACCUGA